AUGGAUAUUUGCCGGCUUUGUUUAUGUGAAGAUAAACUAUCGUUAGUUAAUGCAGCCGAUAUCAUUGAUUCUUCGCUUACCAUUGAAACCAUAGAGCAGUUCACUGGCAUUCGGAUAAAUGUUGCUGGAACGUAUCCGAGCGCAAUAUGUUUGAAUUGCAAAGGUACUUUGCACAAAUCAGUUGGGUUUCGUCACUUCUGCUUAAGCAAUGAUGUGAGGUUUAAGAAGCUCCUUCGUUCAAAGAUUCAAUCCACGGUCGAGAGCGCAAACGAAACUGAACCGAAUAUCCUCGUAGGUGCUGGAGAAAACAAUAAGGACGAAACGAUCGAACAAUUACAAAAGGAAAUUAAAACCGAACAGAAGGAAAUGUCCACCUCGGAACCGAGUACGGAUAAUGAUAGCGAAUCACAGUGUAAGCCGAAAACAAAAGCUAAAAGGAAAAUGCUGAAGAGGAAACAACAGCUAUGCGUUUUAUGUGGUAAAACGGUCAAUUAUUUAGCGCGCCACAUGAACAGCCAUACGAAGAACAAUAUCUACUCUUGUCCGCAUUGUUCCAUGCAGCUAACGGACAGUUCGAAUCUAAAGCGUCACAUAGAAGCGGUGCACUUGAAAAAAGCAAUAGUGUUUUGCGAAAUAUGCAACAAGGGAUUCACCCACAAAAAUUCCCUCGAAUGCCAUAUGCGCUCCCAACACGGAACCGGAAAUACGUACGAUUGUAAAUUGUGUGAUAAAACAUAUAAACAUCCAGGCGGAUACAGACAUCAUAUGGCGCAGGUUCAUACGUAUGCGAGCGAGAAGCGAUUUCCGUGCUCGAUAUGUAGCAAGCGAUUCGACGAUAGGCUUGCACUUAAGCGACAUGGAAGAGUGCACUCUUCCGAUCGGCCAUAUGCGUGCGGUGUGUGUCCGAAACAAUUUAAAAGUUCGUAUGCCAAAAUCACGCAUGAAAUCACACACACCGGUGCCGUUUUCCCGUGCACAGUUUGCGAAAAGAAAUAUCGCUACAAAUCGCUGCUCAGCCAGCACAUGAGAAAAGAUCAUCCCGUCGAAACAGACUAA